AUGGCUUCCGAGGAUUCUCUGGUUUUCACUACCAGCCUGCCAGCAGACAUUGUAGAACGUCCACGGGAUGAUGUAGAGACCAUUGCUAAGGCUACUAUUACCGUGGAAACCAUUCCACGUGGAGAUCUCUCUGGCAGCUGGGUCCACGGAGGCCACGAGCAGUCUCCUCUGAUCGUCCUGCAGCCUCUCUACCCUCCCACCCUGAUGCAGGGAGGUCAAGACGACGACUUUGUCAUGGUGCAGCCGCGAGAAGAAGUGGUGGACGACUCCAAUGCCAGCAGCGACUUGGAGGAGCAGAUUCUCGUCCCAGCCAGUGACCCCGAAGAUGAAGACUUCCAGCAGGGGCUGCCGUCCUUUUCCGCCACCUCCGAGCUGAGCGGCAGCCCAAGUAAGCCAGACUCCCCCAGCGCGGUGCAGGCUUGCCGCCACGAGCCCUUGGCGGGACCCAGCCACGUGGGCGAGGCCGGGGCCGCGCUCAGCCCCACCAGCGGCGAACCAGGUACCAAACAUUGGGUGCAAAGGCUGGUACAGAUUAAGACCCUGGAGGGCGAGUUCGCUGUUACCAUGUGGACCCCCGGCGAAAAUACAGGCCAGGAAGAGGGAACUGAAGAACAAAGUGGGAAGGUCUCCCUUCCAGAUUUUUCCGAGUACCUGACUGGGAAGAAAUUCCCUCCGGGAGGAAUACCGGGCCUGGACCUAACAGACCGUCAGCAACUAGCAGAAUUUACUAAAAUGAAGCGCAGAAGACCGAAAGACGACUCUACCCGAACCAUACCGUGCCCGCAUGCUGGCUGCGAAAAGAAGUUCCACGAUAAUUCGGCUUUGAAAAAGCAUUCUCACAUCCAUGGCCCAAGAGACCACGUCUGCCCUGAGUGUGGCAAACAUUUUCUUGAGAGCUCCAAACUCAAGCGUCAUCAAUUGGUUCAUAGCGGCGAGAAGCCUUACCAUUGUGUGUUUGAAGGCUGUGGGAAAUGUUUUUCCCUUGACUUCAAUUUGCGCACUCAUGUGCGAAUUCAUACUGGCGAUCGUCCCUUCACCUGCCCUUUUGCAGGUUGUUCUAAGACGUUCACGCAAUCAACGAAUCUGAAGUCGCAUAUCCUAACCCAUGCCAAGAAAAACGCCAAGUGAAGAGAGCAUCCUGCACAGACUGGGCAGCCGUCUUCCAGAACUGUCAUGGGGAGUGGCUGCCUCCCUUGGUUUAUUAUUUCUAGUGCAAGAGUUUUUGAAAACGAGUUGCUUCCAUCUAAAUAAACGGUCAUGUUUGGCUACAGUAAAUUUUGUUUAAUUUUUUUAAAGUUUUAUAGCAAGCAAUGUGUUGAUAAUCUUAUAUAACAGUUCUAUAAGAUAGCAUUAGUGAGAUUUAUCUUGUUCUAUAAUGCCAACUGUCAUGGGGAGUGGCUGCCUCCCUUGGUUUAUUAUUUCUAGUGAAAGAGUUUUUGAAAACGAGUUGUUUCCAUCUAAAUAAACGGUCAUGUUUGGAUACAGUAAAUUUUGUUUUAUUUUUUUUUAAGUUUUAUAGCAAGCAAUGUGUUGUAAUCGUAUAUAACAGUGCUAUAAGAUAGCAUUAGUGAGAUUUAUCUUGUUCUAUAAUGCCAUUUUUAAAGUACAGUGUUUUUGUAAAGUUUAGCCCCAACAGGAAAUAAUUCUUCACUUCAAAGCAUGUAACUGUGCUGCAAAAUGGUUUGUUUUUUAACUUUUGUAUAUAUAGGAAGUUCACAUGUUGUUAACUGUUUUGAAAUAUUUUUUAUUUUCCACAUGUUGGUACUUGUUACUUUAAGGAGAUAAUUCUGGUUGCUUGCUGCAGUUUGAUAACUUUGUGUGCAGCUGAUUUCUUUAAAAGAAUGGGAAGGUUUGGGGCUUAUAGCAAGCAGCUUUUUGAAAUAGCUUUCCUGUGUAAAAGAAGUUACAUAGAUUUUUUUGCUGUCUUCAUUGUUGUAAUCUUUGAUGUUAAAACAUUUUGCAUACCUCAUUUUAGCUGUAUUGAAUUAUAUAUUGACUUAAAUAUUUGUAGGAAGGUUGAAUUAUAUAGUGUUAACUAUUAGAUAUGACUUGUAAAAAGGUUGAAUUAUAUAGUGUUGACUAUUAGAUAAGAAUUUGUAGGAAGGUUGAAUUAUAUAGUGUUAACUAUUAGAUAUGACUUUGUAAGAAGGUUGGAUUAUAUCGUGUUAACUAUUAGAUAGGAUUUUGUAAGAAGGUUGGAUUAUAUAGUGUUGACUACUAGAUAUGACUUUGUAAGAAGGUUGGAUUAUAUAGUGUUGACUAUUAGAUAAGAAUUUGUAGGAAGGUUGAAUUAUAUAGUGUUAACUAUUAGAUAUGACUUUGUAAGAAGGUUGAA